CGUCAUCGCACUCUCUGUUGUUCUGUCGUGAUGCUAAGCUUUUAGAAUUAUUUCUGUAAAUUGAAAAAUACCGUUUUUGAAUCGGUAAGUAAAUACCUGUAAUAGCCUAUUAUCCCCGUAGUCUUGAAUACGUUCUGAAGCAAGCAGGAAUAUCUGGAGGAUUAUCAUCUGAAUUGAGAUCUGCUGUGAAGAUGGAGUUGGUUAAAGAAGAGAGUGAAGAAAAUACAAGUGAACCAGAAAUCUGGAGAAUAAAACACGAGGAUAUAGAAACCUGGAGAAUAACACACGAGGAACCAGAAACCUGGAGAAUAAAACAUGAGGAUCCAGAAACCUGGAGAAUUAAUUAUGAGGAACCAGAAACCUGGAGAAUAAAUUAUGAGGAACCAGAAACCUGGAGAAUAAAAAACGAAGAACCAGAAACCUUGAGAAUAAACCAUGAGGAACCAGAAACCUGGAGAAUAAAAAACGAAGAACCAGAAACCUGGAGAAUAAACCACGAAGAACCAGAAACCUGGAGAAUAAACCACGAAGAACCAGAAACCUGGAGAAUAAAACACGAAGAACCAGAAACCUGGACAGUAAACCACGAAGAACCAGAAACCUGGAGAAUUAAACAGGAGGAACAAGAAGAGUUUAUUGAAGAAAAUGAAGAGAACGAAGAAUUAAAUGAAGUUCGGGAGAAGAAUCAUGUCAAAACUUCAGAAAAUUUGAGUUGCUCUCAAACCAAACAGAAAGAUUUAAAGACAAGAGGAGCCAAGAAAUCUUUCACCUGCACUCAGUGUGGAAAGAGUUUGACAUGCAAAUAUAAUCUUGAUGUUCACUUGAGAGUUCAUACAGGAGAGAAACCAUUCACUUGUGAUCAGUGCGGGAAGUGUUUCACACAAUCGUUAAGCCUUAAGGUACAUAUGAAAAUCCACACUGGAGAGAAAGAUUACAAGUGUUCACAAUGUGACGAGAGAUUCAGUCGGUCAGGAGACCUGAAGAAACACAUGUUAGUCCACACUGGAGAGAAACCACACACAUGUGAUCAGUGUGGGAAGAGUUUCACACAAAAAGGAAGCCUUACAGCACAUAUGAGAGUUCAUACAGGAGAGAAACUUUUCUUAUGUAAUCAAUGUGGAAGGAGUUUUUCACAUUUAACUCACCUUAAGGAUCACAUGAACAUCCACACUGGAGAGAAACCUUUCAAGUGUUCACACUGUGACAAGAGAUUCAGUCGGUCAGGAAACCUGAAGAAACACAAGUUAAUCCACACUGGAGAGAAACCGCACACAUGUGGUCAGUGUGGGAAGAGUUUUACUCAAAAAGGAAACCUUAUGACACAUAUGAGAGUUCAUACAGGAGAGAAACUGUUUAUAUGUAAUCAAUGUGGAAAGAGUUUUUCACUCUUAGCAAACCUUAAGGUACACAUGAACAUCCACACUGGAGAGAAACCUUUUAAGUGUUCACACUGUGACAAGAGAUUCAGUCAUUCAGGAUACCUGAAAACACAUGAGAGGAUCCACACUGGAGAGAAACCGUACACAUGUGAUCAGUGCGGGAAGAGUUUUGCAGGUAAAGGAAGACUUAUGGCACAUAUGAGAGUUCAUACAGGAGAGAAACUGUACACAUGUAAUCUUUGUGGAAAGAGUUUGAAAUGCAAAUAUAGUCUUGAUUGUCACAUGAGAGUUCAUACUGGAGAGAAACCAUACACAUGCGAUCAGUGCGGGAAGUGUUUCACACAAUCAGUACAUGUUAAAGAACACAUGAGCAUCCACACUGGAGAAAAACCAUACAAGUGUUCACACUGUGACAAGAGAUUCGAUAGGUCAGGAGACCUGAAAAAACAUGAGAGGAUCCACAUUGGAGUGAAACCAUACAAGUGUUCACACUGUGACAAGAGAUUCAGUCGGUCAACACAUCUGAAAACACAUGAGAUGGUCCACACUGGAGAGAAACCUUAUAAGUGUUCACACUGCAACCACAGAUUCAGUCAUUCAUCAAAUCUGAAAAUACAUGAGAGGAUUCACACUGGAGAGAAACCGUAUUACUGCACUGAAUGUGGGAAGUGUUUCAGUCGUCCAUCUUCUCUACACAGUCAUACAAAAAACAAUCACACAAAAAACACAGUAAGUAGGUCAUCUUCAGAUCCAGCACUUUCAGAUCUGAUGCUGCCUUGUCAUCAAACUUGAAACGGUUAUGCAUUAAGCAAGAUCAUCUGGAUUAAUCUGUUUCUAACCAGUCGUUACGAGUGAUAUGACAACGAAACAUCUAAAGUUAUCACAGUGAAUCAAGUUAUCACAGUGAAUAAAGUUAAUCUUCAAAACCAGCAGAUGAACUCUGAGAUUCAGUUCAACUCAAAGAAGGAGUAACUCCACAAAGACCAAUGUCAAAAUAUAUUAUUAUUGCGUAUCAUUUUGCUGCAUGAUAUUAAUGAUAUCACUGUUGUUUCUAAUGAGUUUCAUGUUAUGGUCAAUUAUCUUAUAAUGCAUGUGUGUCACUUGUGGUUUGCUUACUCUUUCAUGAAUUAAAGGAGAUUUUCACAAAUUGUUCUUGAUCAGGAAGCUGAAAAAGGGACUAUAACACUUUAAGAGAGACUGAGAUUAAUUUUUUAAUUGUUCUUUGUUAUUUUAAAAAUGAAUGAGUUAUUCUGCUUAAUAUGUAUUUUGGAAAUGCAAAUGCAAGAAAAACUGUCAUGUAGACUUGUGAUUGCUCCUUCUUUGCUUCUCUUGUAAGUAGGAAUGGAAACCUAAACCCGGUUUUAAAGGAGUCCUGGGGCUAAAUUACAAAAGACUGUAGUAAUGAUAAGCUCUAUUGCUAACUGUUCUACUUUUGAUGCUGGUUAUAUUAAAAAAACACAAUUUAUUAUUGUCACAUAAACAUUAUCAAGCUAAUUGUUUAUUGCCAAAUGUUUCUACAUGAGAUAAUAUUGAGAUAUUCAUCACUGAUGUGUUUUUUGUUAUUUUGCAAUCUAGAAGUGAAAUCGCUCUUGUAAUUUAGGUCUGCUUAAUCUAAUUUUAUUUUCGAUUGAGUUUGAUGAGAGAUGUUCACAUGUCUUUAACUUGGAGUCAGAGUAAAGUCUGAAGUCUUUAUCGCUGGAGUCCUAGUCAAGUCUGAAGGGUUUAUCGCUGGAGUCCUAGUCAAGUCUGAAGUCUCUAACCUAGAGUGCCAGUCAAGUCUGAAGUCUUUUUGCUGGAGUCCUAGUCACGUCUGAAGUCUUUAACCUAGAGUCUGAGUGAAGUAUGAAGUCUUUAUCGCUGAAGUCCUAGUCAAGUCUGAAGUCUUUAUCACUAGAGUCUGAGUAAAGUCUGAAGUCUUUAUCGCUAGAGUCUGAGUAAAGUCUGAAGUCUUUAUCGCUAAAGUCCUAGUCAAGUCUGAAGUCUCUAACCUAGAGUGCUAGUCAAGUCUGAAGUCUUUUUGCUGGAGUCCUAGUCAAGUCUGAAGUCUUUAUCGUUGGAGUCUUAGUCAAGUCUGAAGUCUUUAUCGCUAGAGUCUGAGUAAAGUCUGAAGUCUUUUUGCUGGAGUCCUAGUCAAGUCUGAAGUGUCUAACCUAGAGUCCUAGUCAAGUCUGAAGUCUUUUUGCUGGAGUCCUAGUCAAGUCUGAAGUCUUUAUCAUUGGAGUCUUAGUCAAGUCUGAAGUCUUUAUCGCUAGAGUCUGAGUAAAGUCUGAAGUCUUUAUCGCUGGAGUCCUAGUCAAGUAUGAAGUCUUUAUCGCUGAAGUCCUAGUCAAGUCUGAAGUGUCUAACCUAGAGUGCUAGUCAAGUCUGAAGUCUUUUUGCUGGAGUCCUAGUCAAGUCUGAAGUCUUUUUGCUGGAGUCCUAGUCAAGUCUGAAGUCUUUAUCAUUGGAGUCUUAGUCAAGUCUGAAGUCUUUAUCGCUAGAGUCUGAGUAAAGUCUGAAGUCUUUAUCGCUAGAGUCUGAGUAAAGUUUGAAGUCUUUAUCGCUGAAGUCCUUGUCAAGUCUGAAGUCUUUAUCGUUGGAGUCUGAGUAAAGUCUGAAGUCUUUAUCGCUGAAGUCCUAGUCAAGUCUGAAGUGUCUAACCUAGAGUGCUAGUCAAAUCUGAAGUCUUUUUGCUGGAGUCCUAGUCAAGUCUGAAGUCUUUUUGCUGGAGUCCUAGUCAAGUCUGAAGUGUCUAACCUAGAGUGCUAGUCAAGUCUGAAGUCUUUUUGCUGGAGUCCUAGUCAAGUCUGAAGUCUUUUUGCUGGAGUCCUAGUCAAGUCUGAAGUCUUUUUGCUGGAGUCCUAGUCAAGUCUGAAGUCUUUAUCGCUAGAGUCUGAGUAAAGUCUGAAGUCUUUAUCGCUGAAGUCCUAGUCAAGUCUGAAGUGUCUAACCUAGAGUGCUAGUCAAGUCUUUUUGCUGGAGUCCUAGUCAAGUCUGAAGUCUUUUUGCUGGAGUCCUAGUCAAGUCUGAAGUCUUUAUCGUUGGAGUCUUAGUCAAGUCUGAAGUCUUUAUCGCUAGAGUCUGAGUAAAGUCUGAAGUCUUUAUCACUGGAGUCUUAGUACAGUCUGAAGUCUUUAUCGCUGGAGUCCUAGUCAAGUCUGAAGUCUUUAUCGCUGGAGUCCUAGUCAAGUCUGAAGUCUUUGUCGCUGGAGUCUGAGUCCAGUCUUGAAGUCUCAAGUAAUUUAAUGACUCGCUAAAAAAAA